GAUGUAAAAUGUGAAUGUAUAUGUAGAUCUUUAAUCAUUCUUAUCCAGAAUGCCAGAAUCGCAGUCUUGGUCUUUCCUGAGCCACAUGUUUAAUAUUUCGCUGCGCGAAAAAUAUUCUCGAUGACAGUUGGUGCGGCGGGAGAGCAUGUAAAGUGCGUAAAUUUCAUAUCACCUGAGCAGUCUUAUCUGAUAACAUUUCAUCGCGCGACGAACGAUAUGUUUGUAGGAAACAUAUAAUCGGAAUCAUCUAAGGUGACGACAUAUACAACAUGAUGAAGACGAGUUUGAUAACGUCUCUAACCAAGAGAACCAAACCGCAGCUACAUUAUUUAUGUCGUCACGGUUCUACUGCCGCAAGCACAUGCAGCGCCUACGACCUGGUGAUCGUCGGCGGUGGCAUCCUCGGUUGCGCUACCGCCCGCGAGAUGAUCAUGAGACAUCCGAAUAUGAAGAUGGCUAUCGUGGAGAAGGAGAGUACUCUAGCCAAGCAUCAAACAGGGCACAAUAGCGGAGUGAUACAUGCCGGCAUUUAUUACACUCCUGGAAGUAUGAAGGCGAAACUCUGUGUAGAAGGAUUAAAACUUUGCUACGAGUACUUUUGCAAAAACAACAUACCUCACAAGAAGAUUGGCAAAUUGAUUGUCGCCCAAAAUCAAAAUCAAGUCAAGAAAUUAGAUGAGCUUUUCGAUCGAGCUACAAAGAACAAUGUACCGGACGUUCAAAUCGUUGAGAAAGAUUGCAUAUCUAAAUACGAACCAAAAUGCAAGGGAGAAAAGGCUAUAUGGUCACCAUGGACAGGUAUAGUAGAUUGGGGAAUUGUGUGUAAAUCUUUCGCCGAAGAUUUUAAGAAAUUGGGGGGUGAGAUUUUCCUCAAUUUCGAAGUAAUCGGAUUCACGGAAAUGGCGGAAUCGAAAGAAAACGACCAAUUGUCUCCCAUUUCCAUUCAAUCGAAAAAUCGAUGUAUACCAACAAAGUAUGUGCUGACGUGCGCCGGUCUGCAUUCGGAUCGUUUGGCGGUAAUGACAGGCUGCGAUGUGAAUCCGCGAAUAGUGCCGUUUCGCGGCGAAUAUCUUCUUCUGAAUGAAAACAAGCGGCAUCUCUGCACGACCAAUGUGUAUCCAGUGCCUGAUCCCAGAUUCCCAUUUCUAGGCGUGCAUUUUACACCUAAAAUAGCGGGCGACAUCUGGUUAGGUCCUAAUGCUGUUCUCGCAUUAUCUAGAGAAGGCUACAGCUGGUUUGAUAUAAAUAUUAAAGAUUGCAUAGAAAUGGCUAAAUUUCCUGGUUUAUACAAACUAUGCUUCCGAUACUUUAUACCAGGCUGCCAGGAAAUGAUAAAAUCAAUUUUCUAUCCAUUGGCAGUAAGGGACCUACAACAGUUUAUUCCUGAAAUUACGUAUAAAGAUGUCAAAAGAGGACCAGCAGGUGUAAGAGCACAGGCACUAGAUAAAGAUGGCAAAUUAUUAGACGAUUUCGCUUUUGACGGAGGCACUGGUACAAUCGGAAGUAGAGUAUUGCAUUGUCGAAAUGCGCCGUCACCCGCUGCAACUAGUAGUAUGGCGAUAGCAAAACUUAUUGCUGAUAAACUCGACCAUGAUUUCAAACUUUAAAAUAUUGAUGUUGAUAUAUAUAUUUGUAUUUAACCGGCCAAAUUAAAAAUAAAACAGAAUGGGUAUUUAAAGAAAAGA